CGUGAAAGUUAUUCCGAUCGUCGUAAAGAAAUUGUUCUCGUGCACGUCGAUGCCCAAUUCUCAUACUUCGAGCUCGUGGUGGGAUCAGUGGAAUUCGCAAGGUUUCCUUUUCUCCACAGAAGUUCUACCUUCAGCAGCUCUCGCAGGCGGGGAAAGAAAUGUCGUCCAUUUCGAUGACUGAGUAAAGUCGCAUGCAGUGAGACCCAAUUCGAGAGGACAACGAUUUGUCUCGGGAUGACAAUUUGCAGGUGACGGAGGAGGAGGAGGAGGAGGAUUGCCCAAUUCUGCAAAGUUGGAGUCUGGGUCUCGUUUUCGAUUGAGGUCGGGCAGCUUGCCCUCGAGUGGAGAUGGACGCUUUGACCCAGGACACCGCGGGUUUGGAUCUCAAGGAAGAGAAGUAUGCAGCGAGUCUGAGUUCAAUUCUGGAGGCCCGAACGAGGAUCCAGCCAUACGCGCACAUUACGCCUGUCCUGACUUGCUCAUCCCUGGACGCCCUUGCUGGCAGAUCUCUGCAUUUCAAAUGCGAAAAUUUCCAGAAAGGGGGUGCUUUCAAGUUCCGAGGUGCAUGCAACGCAGUCUUCUCUCUCCCUGACGAAAUUGCAAAACAGGGUGUUGUCACUCACAGCAGUGGCAAUCAUGCAGCAGCACUAGCAUUGGCUGCACAGAUACGAGGGAUUCCUGCUCACAUAGUUGUACCACGAAAUGCACCUGCUUGUAAAAUAGCAAAUGUGGAAAGAUACGGAGGGAAAGUCGUAACAUGUGAGCCUAACAUUCAAUCACGGGAGGAAACAGCUCAACGUGUUCAAGAGUCGACGGGUGCAGUAUUGGUUCUUCCAUUCAAUGACGGUCGAGUAAUGAGUGGUCAGGGUACGGUGGCAGUUGAAUUUCUGGAACAAGUACCGGAUCUGGAUGCAAUCUUUGUACCUAUUAGUGGUGGUGGGUUGACUUCUGGAGUAGCUUUGGCUGCCAAAGCUCUCAAACCGAGCAUCAAAAUUUUUGCUGCUGAACCCAAGGGUGCUGACGAUGCGGCACAGUCUAAAGCAAGCGGAGAGAUUGUAACCCUGAAGUAUGUCAGCACCAUAGCUGAUGGUCUUCGGACUUUUCUGGGGAACCUUACGUGGCCGGUAGUACGAGAUCUCGUGGAGGAUGUUAUUACUGUGUCGGAGUCAGAAAUUGUAGACGCAAUGAAGUUGUGUUAUGAAAGACUCAAAGUUGUUGUGGAGCCUAGUGCAGUUGUAGGACUGGCUGCCGUGUUAUCGAAGAAGUUUCAGGAUGAUCCCAACUGUAUUCACUGCAAGAAUAUAGGAAUUGUUCUUACAGGAGGCAACGUUGAUCUAGAUACUUUGUGGAUGUCAAUAAAGCAGAACAUUCAAGAAUGACAUUUUCGAGUAAUUAC